CCGGUGGGCGGGGCCGCCGCGCUCAUGUGACGCCGCGGAGCCGCCGCCGCCACCGCUGUUGGAGGUCCCGCCGCCGCCAUGGUGCUGUGCCCGCUCGCCUUGCUCCUGGCGCUGGGCGCCACCGUCCUGGCCGAGCCCCUCCGCUUCGUCGACUGCGGUUCCAAAGACGGCAGCAUCCAAGAGGUGAACGUGAGCCCCUGCCCCACGCAGCCCUGUCUGCUCCAUAAGGGAACAUCCUACAGCAUCAAUGUCACCUUUGCCAGCAAGAUCGAGAGCCAGGGCAGCAAAGCAAGGGUAUACGGUGAGAUGCUGCACGUGGACAUACCCUUUCCCAUUCCUGAGCCUGAUGGAUGCAAGUCUGGAAUCCAGUGCCCCAUUCAGAAGGGCCAUUCCUACAGCUACCUGAAUAAACUCCCUGUGAAGAGCGAGUACCCCAGUAUUAAACUGAUUGUGAAGUGGGAGCUGGUGGAUGACCAGGACCAGAUGUUGUUCUGCUGGAAGAUACCAGUACAGAUCACCAGCUGAGGAGCCCUGCCAUUAGUAGGGCUUGGGGAGGGGAAAAACAGAAGAGAACACAGGCCAAAUUCUUUUUAUAUAAUAAGCAUUUCUUACUGCUUUCUUCAGAGCUCUGCAGCCUCUGAGCAGCCAGUACUGCAUUCCUGCAAGGUCAGCCAUGGGCAGAGGGCUCUUGCCCCGUUUAGAGCCCCCCGGGGUGUUCUCACAGCAGCUCAAGGGGGAGCAGUGUCUGCUGUAGGAGUGACUGAGCGUCAUCUUCCACCCGCUUUGCGGAGGCACUUUAGUUGUUCGAAAUGGAGCUGUCUGUCCUUGAAAAGGAAUAUCUCUGUGAUGAACCUGGCUAGUAUUUGAGCUGCUACCUGGUAACCCUUCAGUGCCUCUUCUAGAAUGCCGGCUGCAUCCACCCUCCUGUGCUUCUGCUCUGUCGUGACCAGGCUGCCCCUGGGAUCUGCGUUUGCCAUCCAUGCAGCUGAAGGAGAAGAGACUUCCUGAGCUGACAGCCUGCUCUGUCCUGGGCCCCUGCUCAAGCCAGCAGGACUGCAGCUGAGAAAACUUCCUUUUUGUGGAUGCAAAGCUAAAUGGCGUUCAACAUCUCUGCAGGGAUGAUUCUUUCUCUAACCAAUUGUUUGCACUACUACUAACUCGGAGCUGCUGGGAGCUCCUGAAUCUCUUUUUAUAACUUUUAAUAAAGGCUAGAUAAAAUCUG